AUGUUGGGGCAGCAGUAUCCAUGGCUCUUCACCAUCUUCCUGUUAGUAACAACGUUCUUCCAUCCUUCUUUCGCCGAUGUUGGCACCGCUGCCCAUUACAGCCCCCCAUAUCUUCCCACCGCCUGCUCCGGGAACGAUGACUCCCAUUAUCUGAAGAACAACUUAUUUGCGGCGGCUGGGGAUAGAAUAUGGGACAACGGUGCCUCAUGUGGACGGCAGUUCUUGGUAAGGUGCAUCAGUGCGGCUACCCCUGGAACUUGCAAUCCAAGCCAAACUAUACAAAAUAGCAUUGUUGAUCGAGUGGAGACAUCGGUAUCUAGGCCUUCUACUAAUGGUGCUACAAUUAUUCUGUCCACUGCUGCAUUCGGCGCCAUUACAAACCCCUCCGCUGAUUCCGUUGACAUUGAAUUCCUUACUAUCAAUAAUUGCUUUAUACUUUUAUGUGUCAAGGUCUGA